AGUUCGCUCUGCUACUGCUUUUGCUUAAUUUCAAACUUCAAGUAUUGUUUUGUUCACCUAUCCUACGUUUCCUGGAUUCUUGAACCUAUAGCAUUUGAUUUUGCAUUGCAUAGUAAAAGUACCUGUUAUUUCUAACUCUCUUCAAGCAUCGCCGGUCCUCGAGGCCGGCUCAUCCUUCUUCGAGUAACUAGUUAAAUCACAAUUAAAUCACAAAUUUUUUAUCACGAACUAUAGUAUCAAUGAGCAAACAAAGGCUCGGGUGUACAAUUAUUUUCGACAUGAUCUGUAAGAUGAAAGGUUAUGGUAAAAAUUGCAAAAAAAUGACAAUCCUGCGUUCACAAAAAUCCUGUUGGUCGGCAGGGGUGGCGGUUUUCUACUUAUUGGGAUCAUUUGUAAUCUUGUCCAUCUGCUUGCAAAGUGGUGGACAGUUGCAAGCUGUUUCGGGGGCGGCCCUGAGCCUUCAAGGAGAACGUGCUACUGCUACUGAACAAGAAAAUACUAUCAUAGGGAGGAACGAGAAGAAACUGAACAUUGUUUUUGCCGGCGGCUUUCUGGAUACGGAAAUGAUGCAAGCGAUCUUGCCGAUGAAGGUGCUAAGCGAGCACUUUGCGGACAAGACGAAUGUGUUUUUUCUGAAUUUCUCCCCCUUGCUGGCCGCACGAGUGGAAAAAAGUGCCCCCAACGUGGUUCACAUUGUCGGCCCGGAAGCGGAAAAAGAGCACUGGCUGGGGGCCCCCGGCAACACGAGGACGGUAACGCCCACCCUGCGACGGUGGCUUCUGCUACGAAAGUGCACCACUCCCCCUCCCACUCAUUUGGAUUUGUAUUGCAUAAUACCGGUUCUUUUGCAUCACUAAUUUGAUGCACAGGUGGAGUGUCACAGGAGUGUAGUGCUAUUUCAUUUGGACUGCCAGAACUUGUCAUGCAGACAGAGCCAAGAGGAAGAGGCAAGGCAGUGAUUACAUUAGGUAUUUUGCAUGACAAAUGAGGGGGACGAGGGGGAGUUGUGCACUCUCAUAUCUGCAGGUGGUGAAGGAGAAGAUGGAAAAUCGAGUCGACUACUGGAUUAUCAGAUACAAAUAUGUCUGGGUCUGGCAGAUUCUAAACUUGUGAUGCUGUCUCUGGAUUCGAAAAAAAUUUGCAUUCCAUGACCAGCAAGAGGACCACUCUAGUUUGUGCCACGCGGAGAGGGCGUUCUUUCUCAUGCGGAAAAAUACUAGCCAUUAGUAAACCCUCUAAAGAUUUGUGAUGCUAGGGCAUGCAUUACAGCAGACAUCAUGGGUUUUCAUGAAAAAUAUGCUUGAUGACAACCAUGGAAAAAUAAAUCUUCCAGAUCCAGAUCGAGGUUUGUAGUUGAUAUGGGUCGCGGACUGGAUCUCCCCCUUUCCCGAGUUUGCGUCCGAGACCUUUUCACCCGACCAGGUGGCGCAGUCCGUGUGGUUCGGAAACUCCGAGAAGCACGCGAUGAGCAUAGAUAGCCGGGCGGCAGCGCAGCCGGGGGGGUGGAACGGCCCCUGGCGCGGGCAAAAUCGGUACGUCGAGUGGGUGCCGGCCGUUACCGCAGACGCCACGUCCCUCCCCUCCUUGCGAACCGAGGGCGCCGCCGACGUUCACGUUGAAGUAGAUCAAGAUGAAGGUUUAGUUGGAGCACGCCAGCACAGAAAGAAAACUGCACCGCGUGUCGUGGGGCGUGUUUUUCCCCUACACGACGACGGGGCAGAUAGCAGGCCAUUUACCGCCUUGUUCUCUUCUACUUCCGGCAAGAAGUUGCAACCGGCCGGUUGGCGCCCGCCGUCAGUUGUUCGUCCCAGAGGGCAACAAGAAGUAGACCAUGAUCUUGAAGUAGAUCACUGUGCAACGUACCAACAUCAACCGGACGUUGGGAUGCAUAAGUACCUGCGCGAAAUCGAAUUGGCCGCGGACGGGCGAAAAAUCGUGUAUUUCUCCUUGGGAACGCUUUUUGACGUGGAUCAACGCACUUGGGAUGCCAUCCUUGCGGAUUUGACGCGACUGAACGCGACCGAAUACUACGUGGUUCUUCGUCUUUCCUUGAAAAUGCAAGCUCCAGAGGAUGAACAAGCUGCGGAAAACAAAUUGUUCCCCAACAUGCGACUCGAGAGGAACCUGAUCGACCAGGCCGCGUUUCUGUGCUAUUUCGGUGCGAUGAGCAGGUCGAAUGAUAGUAAAAAUUCCGGAAUGCACCCCCGCUUUGUUUUUGUGUCCCACUGCGGAAUGUCGAGCGUCAACGAAGCCCUGCAAGCGCGGGUGCCGCUUGUCGGACUGCCCUAUCAGAACGAACAAACGCUGAACGCGACGGCUCUCGCGCGCGCCAAGGUGGGCGUCUAUGUUAAGAGCGCACACCACAUUCUGAUGGGUCGUCGUGGUUCUACUGCUGAUGGUCGUGGUCCGCAGAGUGAACAAGAUGAACUGAACUGGUACUACGAGAGGAACCUUCUUACACCUGAUGCGCUUGUGGCUACAUCCAUCACGGACGGGAUCGGUUUGCUGGUGGGUGGUGGCCCUCGUCACGAUGGGCAGCCGGUGAUGAAUUUUGAAAGACUGGAAGCGGCGAUGCUCGCCCUGCAAGCAAGGAUGCGCGCCGAGGCCUUCGACCCCACGCGUGCCGCAGAGCUCAUGUUGCACAUUGCGCGAACCAAGCUCAAUUGGAGAAAAUCCCUACGACACAUCGCUCGCAACGAGGACCACGCCGAAGAACUUCAUCAUGUGGUGCCCACCAGCGGCGCUUCGGCCGCAAGAACAUUUUCUUCUGCUGCGACUUCUGCGACUGACCCCUUCGUCAAAUUAAAACCCAAGCUGGAGCAAAUUGCAGCCCUUCUUGCUUCGCGCCGCAAAAGGAAAAGUCGUCCUCUCACGGAAGAGGUGCGCAGCCUUUUUAUUCAAAAGAAAACGAACAGCUUCACAGACAGGCUGACGAGAGGAAAAGCAGGACCUGAGAAGAAACAUUCCAUUUUAGUAGAGGCCAAGAAAGAAGUUCAAGUAGAGCCCCUGGACACACUUUUCGCCGCCAGCUGCGCGAGUACACACUUAAAGGAAAAAAUAGAAAAAGACGCGGAUGCUGGAUUUGUGGGGGAUCUGAACCGAGCUUGUCACGGCUUUUUGAAGAACCCGUCUGAGGUUACUGCCAUGUAUGGGCAGCGGGACACAAUGGAGAAUCAAAUCCCGAGACGGUUGGUACAGACUGCUUUUUUCAAGGACGAGAGCAACUGCACUCGGGAAGAGUUUUAUGCUUUCUUCCAGUGCAAAGACCCGGUGAUGAACGAGGGACGGAAAAUAUGGCAGGCGUUGAACCCCGACUUUGAGCUCGCCUUUUUCAACCUAGACGAGGCCCGGCAGUACCUUUCCGAACACUACCAGCCGCGGGUUCUCCGCGCUUUCGACUCGGUAGAGCCCAACCAGAUGAAGUCGGACUUUUUCCGGCUUUUGACACUGUACCGGCACGGGGGCGUGUACAUGGACCACAAGAUCGCCCCGGUACAAGCUUGGGACGCUAUCCUGGAAACGGCCUUUCAGGGAACGAAAAAGUUUCGGAAGCCCUUUGUGGAGUAUCACGCCAAAGAAGUGCCGGAAGUCGGCAAAAAAAUCUUCGAGAAGCGGCGCUCAGAGAUGACAUCCAGGCAUGAUGUGGGUUUCCUCGGCGGUUGUCAAGAUUUUGGCUGGAUUAACGGCAGUAAAGAAGAAAACCCCGCGGGGAUACAGUUCUCCCAGCCCGAGGGCUUGAUGAACGCUUUUCUCGCUGCGAAGCCGGGCAACGAGCUGGUGGGCGAUCUGCUGUAUGUCCUGCUGGCGAAUUUGGAAGCGAAAUACCACGGCCGCACGCCGUUCGACCCCACUGGGCCAACCGGGCUGUGGACCGCUCUCCUGAGGGCGCCGGAGUUGGUGGUGGAGGAGAAUGGAACUACGGGUGCACCAGCGGCCGGUGAUCCUCCUGCUCCGAUGAAAAGCUUAAAGCUGGCGCGGCUCUCCCCGGAGGAGUGGACGAAUGUGUGGGAAGGGAUUCCCUCUAAAAAGUUUCCGUUUACAGUUACACCAGAGCUGGUGCCGACAGACGACGACUUGCCGCUUCACCUGGGUCGGAUUAUCAAAUGCACAUAUGCCUGGGUCUGGAAACUUGUGAUGCAAGCCAGGGAAUGCAAGUUUUUGAGCUGCUAUGUGUAGCGUAUUCCGCAUCGCAGACUGCGCGUUUGCACCGCAGACAAAACGAUCUUUUUGCAUCUACGCAUGACAGAGUUUCGAGUCAUGGCAGACAAGCAUGACAAAUCUGGCAAUCUUCCAGACCCAGACAUAUUUGCGAUGCAUACGGAUUCCCUGCGAGCAAUACCAGGGGGGCGUGGGGUAUUGUGAGGAAAAAUCCCCCCUCCCCAUAUCGAAAAGGCGUGCUUUUCAAAAUUUGCGAUGCUGAUUUGUGGUUACAAAUCGAGUCUGUCUUGCAAGAGAGCAAAGCCAGGGCCUCCGCUGCAUUUCGCAGCCGAUUUGUAAUGCUGCUACGCUACGAGGGAAGACGUCUGCCAUGCUGAGUACCUACACCAAGCCACACCUUUCCGGGCUUUGUAUGUAUCUGUCUGCAGUCCUCCACCACAACACAAAUUUGUGUGCGCAAAUCCUGCAUCACAGAUUUCCAUUUCGAUAUGGGGAGGGGGGAUUUUUCCUUUUGAUAUGGGGGGCGCGGCCUUUAUCCUGUUUGACAUUAACACUAAUACCUGGUUCGCGAAUCGCGGCGACGCGCAGAAAUUCAAGAGCGGAGACUUCGAUCAUGAUCCAGUGCAGAUAUCAACAGCAAAAAUCCGCCCUCCUUUCAUCAAAAUGGAAAUCUGUGAUGCAGAUUUGUGGCCACAAAUCAGCUCAAUGCAGAAUAAACGAAAAAAAUUGUCUUGCAGAAUAAACGAAGUGGAGGUGCAUGCUAGGCCUGUUUGGGUUCCUUGAAAGAUGUCUAGCUCUUUCGCGUGAAGUACGUUGCUGCUGUAGGCUAAAACGCAUUUUUACAUAAUAUGGAAUGGGGUCAUAUGGCCUGCUCAGUGUGUCGCCUCGCUUUUGCUUCCCAAGUAAGUAUGCAAUGCAGAGGCAUUUGCGCCGUGCACGACAAAUCAGCGGCACAGCCUUCCUUGUGGUCCACGUUUUCGAUGGGGGGAGGGGAAAUUUUUCCUUUUGAUAGCAGAAGGCCAGCCUUCAGCUCGUAAAGAAGGUCUGGAAGGGAGGCGCCGGGGAAGGAUGGAAGUGCACCAACAGGAGGGACGGGUUAUUUGCAGGGAAUGGCAGCAAGCGAGUGCGAGAGCUCCGCGGUACCAACUACGUGGAAAUGUGGAACAACCGGGGUUUUUACAAAAGUGAAGAUGCUGAAGUUGUACUUCCCGCUCCUCUUUUUCCCGCUUACAAAAGAGAAGACCGACAACUUCCUCAACUCUUGCCAGCUACAGAGCCGUAUCCUGUGCAGAUGCAGGCCGCGCGGCAAACUUAUCAAAUGCAAAAAUGUCUGGGUCUGGAACAAAGGAAAUUGUCAUGCUAAAUCUGAAUCAUGUAAAAAUCUGUGUUGCAUGAUUACCACAAGCUGUCCACUUUUGACCUAAAAAUCCAGAGGCAGUUUCUCAUGCAGCAGGAUAGGCCGCAUGAUAGAACUCUCACAGAUGAAUCUGUCAAGCUAUGUCCUACAUACCAGACCUCAUGGGUCAUGGAGAACCUGCGUGACAAGUCUGGCACUGUUUUAGUUCCUGACAUUUUUGCAUUUGAGAAAACUGAUUCUAGCCGCCCAACUUGCCCACCCGAGGCACCGAAAGUGUAUGUCUAUCCUCUUCUAUGCAAGAAAAAAACUGUGUAAGUGUAACUCUGUAAUGCAGAACAUGCAACAGAGUUACACGUGUCAUGCCAGACACCCAUGAAGUCCUCUUUUCCUGUGUAUUUUCCCUUACAACCCACGCAUGACAGGUUUUCUCUGUCAUGUAGAGCAAAUUUGUAAUGCUGUCAACCAAAGAAAGUUACACUAACACAGUUUUCUUCUUGGAUAUCUUCCGGACAAGGUGCAGUUGCCGAAUGGGCGUACGAUCGUUUGGCGGGAGGACGCUUACUGCGAAAGAGCGCAUCCGUCUGGCUCGGCCGGGGAACGCGAUUGUGUUUUUGGUCCGGAGUUCUCAGUCACGAUCGACGCUGCACUCGUCCCGCUGCAAGAAACGACGAAAGUGACGCUUCGCAGCACUGACCAGUUUCGCAUGGGCCGCAUCUUCCAGUCGCGCCUGACGCGCACGGCUUGCCAAGUGGCUGAUGCUACACACGCCGAUGUUUUUUUCGUGCCUAUCUGGCGUGAGAAUUACAAGCCCGACCCGGCCGAGUGCCCAACCGCAGCGGAAGUUUUGAGGGCUCUCCCCUACUUGUCGGAUAAUACGGCGCGCCAGCACUUUCUGAUGUCUCCGCGAGUCGGGGGGCUUUCCGGCGAUGAUGUCUGCGAUUUUUGGAAAAGCGACGAGCCGCUGAUUCAGAAAAUCAGAAAGCUGGCCCUGGAAGACGAAUAUGCUCUCGGGGGGAAUCGGCCGGAGCGUGCUAUUCCGUAUCCGACCCUUGGCGCCGGUUUGACCAAUACGCAACUGGAUCACCUGUUCACCAUCGUCGACGCAACGCAGCAAACCGGCCGCCCUUCUCUGGUCAUGGCCGCACUUGGAAAACGGGCUCCUGGCCAUGCCGCUGCGGGCGUCCGCGACCUCUGGAAUGCACAGUGCAGGGACCACAGCGACGAUUGCGUUGCGGUGGAUCCCACGGUGGAAGGCAUGCUCCCAGGGUUGGUCAAAGCCAUGCUCCGUUCCACGUUCUGCCUGCAGCCGGAGGGAGACACUCCCUCUCGCAAGGGUAUGCUGGACAGCUUGGCGCUGGGGUGUAUUCCAGUGCUUUCGUCCGAGAAGCAGCAGAAGCUGUGGCGGUGGCACCUGGGAAAUUAUAACUGGAAGGACUUUUCUGUGCUGGCGCCAGGUUCUUUGCUGGCGCCAGGUUCCUCUUCCACCACCGUGGUCGAGUUCCUGCGCGCGAUAGGCGCGGACACAGUCAAAGAACUGCAGGCCGCCGGACGGAUUGCGCGGACGAGGUUCCUAUCGAAUGCAAAUCUGUCUGGGUCUGGGAGAUUGCCGCGAAAUAAUUAAUUUGUCAUGCUUGCGUGGCAUGCGCAUGACUCUGAACAAGGCUGGAGUGCGUGGUCGCAAUGAAGAUCUCCUCUUGCCUGUCAUGCAAAAACGCUGUUUCUCAUGCGGAGUACGCAACUGAGAACCAUGGAAAAACUUGUCAUGCUUGGCAGCACAUGACAGUGCGCUCCCUGCUUGGCAGCGCAUGACAGUACGCUCCCUAUCCCCCUCCUUGCAUCACAAGUUCCCAGACCCAGACAUAUUUGCAGUCGAUAGUUCCUCACGCGUUGGUCGGACGCCGACUCCUCGAGCGAUGCAAUUGCGGUCACGUUGGAAGUAUCCUGUGCAGCAAAAGUAUCGUACUACUCAGUAGGAAUAGCAUAUACAAUUUUUCCAUAAAGGAAAUAAAAGUAAAAUUUGUCAUGCUGAAUUAUGCUAAGAAAGAACCACAGAUGUACUGCAAUUAGUACGACGAGUACGAUACUUUUGCAGUGCAUAGGAAGCCAUACAGGAUGGUCAAUGAGGAAGCUGCUGCUCACCAGUACGAUUGAGUUAUUCAUCAAAGACAACACCACAUAAACGUAGAGUAAUGGAAAUUUAAGUUAUAGCUUCGAUUGUUUUUUUUUAUUGACUUUGUGCUCUUCAAAAAAGUUCAUUUUCAUUUGUUUCCUUAUUUGUUAUUCAUAGCCUGCUAAGUAUGUUGAUCGCGGCGAUCACGCUAUAUCAGAGCAAUCCUCUUGCAUGAUCGUCGUCAUCAUAUUUAGGCCGUGACUUGGCAUCUAGAGCAGUCAUUUUGAUUCACAAAAAAUGUUUACACGGGCUCACAAAAAAAUGUCAACUUCGAUAGUUGACACUCGACCGUCGGUCUUGUGCCUCCUGCAAAAUUUCCAUAAACCAUACUAUACUUCUAGUAUUACAAUUAAAGACAAAGAUGAUAAGCCUCUUGACUGAGUGGGCGUAGUUGUAUGAUCACGAUGAAGCACCAAAAAAACAAGUAGAAUUGUAUGAUGUUGAAGCACCAGCGUAGUUGUAUGAUACACAGUAAAGUACCAAAAGUGGCUUGAUCACGAUGGAUUUUCUAGGGCCUUGAACCUUUGAUGCCAUGCCCGGGCACGGAAAGAAAGAAAGCACCAAAAAAACAAGUAGAAGUGUAUGAUGAAGCACCAAUGCAAACUUCAAAGUCCUCUCUGGGAUAUUGUAUAUAGUACUUUCUUCUGCUCGUUUGAAGCUUAGCAGCAGGCAGCAAGAAAAUGAGUAGAGCACGGAGCAACUACUGCUUGUCGUGGUUGUGUUUGACUGGGCGAAGCUGCAUUUGGAUUUUGGAUUUGGAUGAGCAAGCUGCAGUUUCUCGUUGAUGAUGUCUCGCGUCGAAAG